CUCCAUCAUUAAUACUUUAACUUCACCAAUCUAUAUCCAGACUUGAUUGUACGUAACAUCAUGGCUCCGACCAAGAAGUUAAUCUACGAAAUUCCUCUAGUCAUUCGUGUCUAUGACGACGGAAGUGUAGAGCGACUCGCUGUGUCACCCUUUGCCCCACCAUGUUUAGACGACCCAGUCACCGGGAUCUCAUCCAAAGACUUGGUCAUUUCGCCAAACGUAUCCGCUCGUCUCUACCUCCCGAAACUCCCACAUGUGGGACUCAAUAAGCUCCCGAUUUUAGUCUAUUAUCACGGAGGUGGAUUUAUUAUAGGAUCAGCAUUUGACACAUGGGAACACAAUUAUAUUAGUACAAUGGUGUCCUAUAUAAAGGCGGUGGUAGUCUCAGUUGAGUAUAGGCUAGCCCCGGAACAUAUUAUACCUGCGGCCUAUGAAGAUAGUUGGGCUGCACUUCAGUGGGUUGCGUCACAUUCAACAAGUGAUCAAGGAGAAGACAAAGAACCUUGGUUGGUUAAAUAUGGCGAUUUUAAUCGGGUUUAUCUUGGAGGAGAUAGUGCAGGUGCUAAUAUUGUGCAUCACAUGGCUUUAAAAACCGGAAAGGAAAAACUGCCUAAUGAUGUGAAAAUCUUGGGAGGGUUUUUUGGUUGUCCUUAUUUUUGGGGUUCAAAGUCAACUCCUGAUGAGAGUUUGGCAUACAAGUGUUGGAUGCUCGCGAGUCCUAAUGCGGAGGGUGGGAUUGAUAGUCCGUUGAUUAAUCCGUUUGUCAGUGGGAAAUUCGAUACGGGUUUUGGUUAUAAGAGGCUGCUAGUUGUGGUAGCGGAGAAGGAUGAGUUAAGGGAUUAUGGUCUCAAGUAUUUUGAUGCUGUUAAAGAAAGUGAGUGGGAUGGUAAGGUAGAGUUUCUACAACUUGAUGGAGGUCAUUGCUUCUACCUUCUUGAUAGUACUUGUGAGAAGGCUAAGGUUUACAUGAAUCGGUUGGCUUCUUUCAUUGUGUAAGAAAUUUGUUGAUUUCUUCCUUUAAACUUAUGUUGUUGCAUUGACUUGAUCAAGUCUUGAAUAAAUUACAGCCAAUAAUAAUACAAAUAUUUUUAUUUUGAUUA